AUGACUGUACGGUCAGCGAUCGACUUAGACCUGAAUCAACGGCCAGAAAUCCUCGUCGCGAUCGAGGAGAGCUUAUCGCGAUGCCUCGUCCAAUCAGAUCUCGAGGGCGUGCCUGGGGUCGGGCCGAAGCAAGAGGGGAAGGUUCGGGACGUGUACACUGCCAAGCCUGCGGCAGGUUCGGCGGCGAGUAGCGACAGCAACAGCAACACGGACGAAGAACUGCUUGUGGUGGUGCUGAAUCAGACGAGUGCGUGGUGGUUCGAGCAGACAGCACACAUCGUACCCAACGCCUUCCUCUCCUCUCCUCACCUCGUCCCAUGUCAGACGCCCGCUCACCCAUCUCCCUCCCCUCUCUCACCCUCCUCCCCCCUCCCACCACCCUUCUCCUCAGUGCGGCAGAUGGUGAGUGAGAGGGAGAUGGUGAGUGAGAGGGAGAUGGUGAGUGAGAGGGAGAUGGUGAGUGAGAGGGAGAUGGUGAGUGAGAGGGAGAUGGUGAGUGAGAGGGAGAUGGUGAGUGAGAGGGAGAUGGUGAGUGAGAGGGAGAUGGUGAGUGAGAGGGAGAUGGUGAGUGAGAGGGAGAUGGUGAGUGAGAGGGAGAUGGUGAGUGAGAGGGAGAUGGUGAGUGAGAGGGAGAUGGUGAGUGAGAGGGAGAUGGUGAGUGAGAGGGAGAUGGUGAGUGAGAGGGAGAUGGUGAGACAGUGCCUUUGCUUGCUGAGCUGA